AUGAUUCGACGACAACGUACUACUGAAACAGUCGCUGUCAAUGGUCGUUUACCAGAAACGUUGCGAAAAACGUAUCGUGAUGAAGACUUCAUCUUACACGAAGAUAAAAAAUUAAUUAUCUUUACAACGAAAACUAAUUUAUCUAUUCUAAAGCAAAACGAACAUUGGUUCGCCAAUGGAACGUUCAAAGCGAUGAUGACUAAUGCAAUUAUCCCUCUCGCAUAUGGAUUGCUAAUUGGUAAAAGCAACGAUGACUACAAUCAAUUCUUCGAAAAACUAUUUGAACAAGACAAUUUCCAACCUGAAUCAAUUAUGACUGAUUUCGAGUCUGGUACAAUCAAAUCAGCCAAAGGGAUAUUACCUAACGUUUUACACAAAGGAUGUCUCUUUCAUUUUUCACAAGCGAUAUGGCGGCAAGUUCAAAACAAAGGAUUGGCAACCAAAUAUAGAAAAGAUGAAGUUACAACUGCAUUUGACUUAAUUGCCGAUCAAUUCGAUGAUAACGCCGAGGAUUUACUCGAUUAUUUCGAAAAAACUUGGAUUGGUGAACCAAAAAGAAGAGGAACCGGUCGAAAAAGCCUCUAUUUGAUCACAAAUUAUGGAAUAUUCAUGAUCGUGUCAUCGCUGCUGUACCUCGUUCCAACAAUUCCGUGGAAGGCUGGCGCAACGCUUUGCUAA